AUGAGCCAACCAAUCGGACUGACAACGAUCCCCAGGCUACUGCCUGUUACGGGCACGUUCGCGCUCCCAUUCACGAUCUACUACGCAUUCCUUAGCCUUCGUGUCGUCAACGAGCGUCUGAAAUCAAAGCAAUACUUGGGCGACAACUCCUCAAAGCCUGGAGCGGACCCCGAAUCAUACAAGGCCAAUGCACUUUACCUUGCCGGCCGAUCGCAUGUCAAUUACAUCGAAAAUGUGCCGCUUGCUUUCAUCCUCGCUUCACUGAUCGAGGUCAAUGGAGGCAACCGCAAGACACUGAGCUGGCUGCUCGGGAGCUUCUUUGCCCUCCGUGUGCUGCAUGCCGAGCUUGGAAUAAUGAAGCCCGAAGGCAUGGGCAAAGGCAGACCCAUCGGCUAUUUCGGCAGCAUCGGUGUUCUCGACGGGCUGAAGACAAGCAAAGACAAGAAGGGUCAAAAGCGCAUCAUUCUACUUACUUACGCUGUAAAGCUGCGAGGAGUGCUAGUGUCCACUGCAGCUUCCCCCCUUACUCCAAGCAUUAGAUUCACUUGGGUUUAUCGGCUGAAGGUUUCAAGUCAUUACCUAGUGCCGGGACAGUUCAUCGUAACUCUUGGUGGGAGCAUCGCUUAA